AUGGAAGAAAUCUUAAGAAGUGUCUAUGAAUAUUCAGAUGAGCUACUUUUGGAGUUACUUCAGGAAGAGCAACCCCUGGAAGCAGCUGUUAAUAUACUGUGUGGUGUAAUUCGAAGCAUCACUGCACAGGAAAUAUUGAGAGAAAAAGAGCAGCUCCUGCUUCUUUAUAGAUAUUUGCUAAUGCUUGUAAGAAUGCCUGAGAUGUUUGACUUUGAAGGCAGGAGCAUCAGCCGAACAGUAGAAAUAUUCUAUGGCGCGUGCAUGCAUCAUAAGCUGCCGCUGCACACCACGCUAUCUGGCAAUGAAAUAGGCGAGGAAAUACUUACUGUGCUUCUCCAUGGGGUCUAUAGAAAGAUGGACCACUCUUCUGAGCCGGGCAGAUAUGCAAAUUACUCAAGCCCUAGCAGGAUAGAGGAGAAUUCCUCGUAUAAUUUAUCUGUGCAUGAAGACUUGCUAAAGCACCCAAUGGCAACAAGGAUAUUAGAGAAAAAGAGUCUUUGGGGCCUAGAGCCAAUUUUGCCAACAGGAGAGGAUGAGUGGGUGCACAUGCAGUGCAGAAAUAGCAGGAUUUUUAAUCUAACCCAGUCGUAUAUUCUAAAUCUGUGCCCAGUCUACUACACAGGAGAGCAUAUAGGGAUAUACAUGAUGUACCCAGAGUUCUACAAUAAACCAAAGGCAGAAAUACAAAGGGCCCGGGCUUCGCUGCAAAAAGUAGUAGACCAGACAAAUACAAGGUUCUUUAGCAUUUUCAAGUCAUUGAUCAUGGUUAAUAAAGAUAUUAAAAAGAAUUUUAUAUCGUCAAUCUACAGCAUAUACGAAAACAACAAAGAAAGAGAAAAGACCAGAUACAAGCUAGAGGAGGUGCAGCCAGAUGCAAAAAUAUUCACAAUUUCAAAUCUUCUUGGACGGCUUAUCCAGCCUGUUGCAAAUGACACAAUAAAAAUGCAAAGUAUCCCAGCAGACACACUCCAGCGAUCAGAGUACUUAAAAAGUACACAGUUUCCAAUAGCAACCAGCACACCCUGCAUGACAAGCUCCAUGACAAAUAUGAACUCUCCAUCAGACAUUAGCUCACGAGCAGAUGCACCGAAGGCAAAUGACACUUUUUUAUCUGAGCUGUUCUAUGGAAAGCUGCUGUAUAAUAGAAUAUCGUAUACCCAGAUAUACACAAACUACAAUGCAUAUACUGAAGACAUGAGAAGAACAGAGCGUGCAAUCGCAUCUGCCCCUAAUGACCAGAGAAUGAAGUAUGUGCUAAGUAUCCUGAAUUCAGAGCUUGAAUACAUAAAUGCCCUAUUGGCCUGCGACACCAUGCGAACAGAGGUUGUAUUUCUAAUGUACACAGUUUCAUUCCUUAACCAUAUGGCGCAUAAAGGGCGGUUAAGCACUGUGCCUGUCUUCAUAUUAGAGAACAUCAUUAUUUCGCUGGAAAGACUCACGCAUAUGAAGCUGGGAAUUAGGCUAACGCAGGAAGAUGUAAGGAAAGUUCACAUUCUGUGCAUACAUGUGCUAAACUCCAGAAUCAACAUAAACUACAAGCAGGAGGUGAUUAAGCUCUUACUGACAUACAUAAACACAUCUGAGUGCGAGUACACUCCAGGAAUUGUUCUGUCAAUUAUAAUGUACUUCAUUGAUGUGCAAAUAGAAAUAAGAAACCAGUCGGAGCAGCUGCAGGAAAGAGGAAGGGCAUCGUGCAUACUGGACUAUCUGCUAGAGAAUUACAAAGGAAAGGAAGAGAUCCGAGGAAUUCUUGAAACAGCUCACAGCACAAGUGAUCAUAAGGACACAAAAACAGUUUUUCUACUGCAUUUACUCUCUUCAUUAGUUGAUGCGCAGGAAAGAGGAUUUGAGGAGCUGCGAAAGGUAUCUAGGGCACAGAGGGAAAGCGAGCCUGCAGAGAGCAUUGAUACGUACAUAGAGCACUCAAACUCCUAUUUCUAUAUUGUGGAUGUUAUAGACCGCAUAAUCUUCACGCUCAUGGACGUAUCUGCAAAGGCAUUUUCAUCCUCGCUAAUUAUGUGCCGGCUGGCAUCUCUGCUCAAUGCGUCUUUAAUCACCUUGGUUAGCAAGAAAUCCUCUGAGCUGAAGCUAAAUAGCUCUAAAAGCACAUUCUCUCCUGUCACACUACUUGGAAACCGCGUAAAAAUGUAUAUAUCGCUGAAAAGCAUGGCUUUUGUAAAGGCAGUGGCAGAGGAUGAGGAUAUGUUCAAGCCAGAGCUAUUUAGCAAAGCAAUUGAGAUAUGCGACAGAAAGGGAGUGCUAACACAAAGAGAUAAAGCAUAUGCAAUUCUAUUCAUCAAGCGAGUGGCUAAUCUGAAAGAGCAGAGAACAGUCAGCUCCAUUACAUAUCCAGAUGAAUUCAUCGACCCACUAACCUUUGGGCUGAUGAAAGACCCAGUUAUACUAAGAACUAGCAAUACACGGGUGGACAGGUCAACUGCAGCCAUGAUACUUAUGACAGAUCCCACAGAUCCAUUUACUAGAGACCCGCUUACAGAAGAAGACAUUUUAGAAGACCAUGAAAUGCGCAAAAUAAUUCAUGAUUUCUUGGCUAAGCAUACUUAG